GAGGCUCAGGUCUCUUCCAAAAGGGAAGCUGAGCAAGGUCCCCAGAGGGGAAGGAGUGCAGUGAGGAAGGAAAUUGAUUUACCCGGCAGGGUAAAGGCGAAGGUAUUGUAGAUAAAACCAGAGAAAAUGGAGAAGAAAUUUACCGGGGAGAAAGAGUGGACGGAAAAAUACUGUUCUUUCCACAAAACUGACUCCCAUAACACUAUUGAGUGCAAUAGUGUUAAGGGGGUGAUAAAGCAGAUGAUCGAGGCCAGGGAACUUGAUCAGGAAUACUUAGCCCGGGCAAAACAGAAGAAGAACCAGUGGAUCCGGCCUAAAGGACAAUCGGCCGACCAGAAUAAGAAGAAGAAAGCAGCCGGUAAGGAACACGUGAGGAUGAUCUAUGGUGGACCAGAGGGAGGAGAUUCUGAUUCUCAAAGGAAGAAGUGGGGGUGUGAGCUCUAUGUGGGUUCAGUUGCCUUUGACCCCCGGCGGAAGCAAACCAGACGGGAGCUGGUCAUCUUUACUGACCGGGAUCUUCCCAUCACGGGGGAAGACCACAAUGAUCCUCUCGUCAUAACCAUGGACAUGGGUGGAGUUGAUGUCUUCCAGGUACUUGUAGACACUAGCAGUAGUGUCAACGUAUUGUACUUGGAGGCCUUUGAAAAACUUAAGUUGUGUCGAACACGGCAUGAGCCAUUGAAAACUCCCCUGUUCGGGUUCACCAGGAACUCUGUAGAAGUUGAAGGAACAAUCCUUUUGACAUGUGAGUUGGGAACGAGGAACAUGGUCAUUCAAAAACAGAUGAGGUUCGUGGUAGUGAACAUCAAAUGUGUUCACAAUGCUAUCCUGGGCCGGCCAGGAAUUAACAAAGUCCAUAGGAUUAUCUCCAUGGCCCAUUUCUGCAUGAAGUUCUAUACAUCGGGCGGUAUAGGACAAGUCAGAGGAUACCAAAAGAAGCUUGAUCUUGCUAUCUCGAAGCUGUAAAGAAAAUGACAAAGGCAUUCGAGAGGGUUACCUUGGUUUCUCAGGAGGAAGACCGGUCAAAGUUGGAACCGGGUGACAAAACCGAGCAGAUUGUCCUCCGAGAGGCAUUCCCGGAGAAAAUGCUGGUUGGGGGGCCUCGUUCGGGUCUACCCCCUUUUGUUCAGAUGCUUUCAAUUGGAGUCAUUGAAGACCCACCUAAGGGGUUGUAUUUUCUUUUUUAUUUCAAUUGUUUGUACUUUAGUUUUUGGAGACACUAUUUCGUCUAUUUCUUGGGCUGUUUUAUGCGAUGUAUUUGGUUUUGAGGAGCAUUGGCUUGGACCCCUCCUCUUGUACUUGUUUGCCUUCCUUUUUUUUAAUAAAACUUUCUAUUUUAA